GAUUUAUUUACCGCUACAAUCUGGAAGAGUACAGAAUAAGAUGAUAAGUGGGUGGAUGACUGAGAAAGCAAAUACUUUUAGUAGCAAAAACCAUUAAUAACAGUCAGAAAUUAUACAACUGUGAGAUCCAGAGAACCUGAUAAUCGAAACGAAAGAUCAAUAGCACAGGAUUUCGAACGUGUUACAGUGGUAGAAUCCAUAUCAGCCGCCAAACAAUGCAAGGCUGAGUCAUUGUUGUAUAUAUGAACCACGGACCCCCCGUCCUGGAGACAUCGGCAAACCCUUAUUAUUAAAAACUGAGGUUGGCUGGACAGAAGCUUAUUAUAUUUCAUUCAUAAACACUGGGAACAAAAUGAGUCCUUGUUGUUUACUGGCAUCACCUGAAGGUCGUGGGUAGGACCUUUGACGCUAAUCUCAAUAGUAAUCACAUGCCUCAAAACGAGCAUAUUGAGCUUCAUCGCAAACGCCAUGGGUAUCGCUUUGACUAUUUUGAAAGAAAGCGGAAAAAAGAGGCUCGUGAACCUCAUGAAAGAAGUCGUAAGGCCAAAAAGCUUCGAGGAUUAAAGGCAAAAAUUGCCAAUAAAGAAAGGUUUAAAGAAAAAGUUCAAAUGAAAAAGACUUUACGUAUGCACGAGUUAAAAGGAAAAAACCAAAAAGUCGAUGAAGCUGGGCGAUCUGGAGAAGUACCUGCAUAUCUUUUAGAUCGUGGUGAACAGAUCUCUGCCAAAGUGUUAUCUAACACAGUUAAGCAGAAAAAAGCUGAGAAAGCGGGAAAAUGGGAGGUGCCAUUACCAAAAGUAAGAAGCGUAUCUGAAGCAGAGGCAUUUAAAGUUGUACGAACUGGAAAGUCUAAACGUAAAGCAUGGAAGCGUUUGGUCACUAAAAUGUGCUUUGUUGGCGAUACAUUCACAAGAAAACCUCCUAAAUUUGAACGUUUUAUUCGUCCAAUGGGUUUACGUGUAAAGAAAGCAAACGUUACUCAUCCAGAACUUAAAACUACUUUCCAGCUUCCUAUAAUUGGAGUGAAGAAAAAUCCAAGUUCACCAAUGUAUACUACUUUAGGUGUAAUAACUAAAGGUACAAUUAUUGAGGUGAACGUCAGCGAUCUUGGUUUGGUCACGCCGAGUGGUAAAGUUGUCUGGGGUAAAUAUGCUCAAGUAACUAAUAAUCCUGAAAACGAAGGUUGUGUAAAUGCAGUUCUUAUUGUAUAGACAGAAACUAAUUUAUUCUAAAGCCUUUUGUUCAGUAUCUAAUAGUUCUACAGCUUGUACAUCUGGUUUUCAAUUCGUUGCAACGUUAAAGAUUUUAAACUAAUUUUCCUCCUUAAUUUUUUCAGGUAAUAGGUAUAAUUUGGCACAACUGGUCCUGUUUAACUAUCUCAGACAGACUGAGUUUCGUCUGUAGUUUCAGUAAAUCAGAUAGUCAGUAACGACGUAUAACCUUGUACGUAUUUUUAUCCGUUCAAGCUGUCAUACCCCGUUAGGAUAGAGAUCAAAUUGUCAGGCCAAAUCCCAGAAUGGUAGAGAUAAUAACAGUUUCAGUGGUGAUAGGAAUCAUUGAGAAUCGAAGAUACGGUUCAAGAAAAUGUAAGUUGCUGAAAAAUUCCCAUUAUAUUAAAAACACAAUUGUAUGAACGAAGAAUAUUCUUUUCAAUAAUUUCUCAUCAGGUUCUACAAUUAUCUCAUAUUCAAAUUAAUAAUCCAUAAAAUUGGUCAGAUUUAAGGCAAAAUACAUCAUUUGGAAAUUGUAAUAUAUGAAUCAGGAAUUAUUUGUUAUAUUAAAUAAAAUCGUUAAUGUUGGGGCUGACUAAUAUGAAGUGUUAACUUGAAUCAGUUUAUAAGAGAAAUGAAAUUGUGAGAUACAUUAUCAGAAUAGAUAUGGUCAACAUGGGGUAAGAGAGAGAGAAUGUUGUGAUUACAAAUCGGAAAUGUAAAAUAAUUAGGUCAAAUAUAGUAGAUUCAGGGGUGGAUAUUGAAUAAAUUCCUCAAAAAGGGGUUAUCAAGUGUAAAGGCAAUAAUAGUAAUAAUAAUAAUAAGUUUGGGACAUAAAAUGAACAUUAAUCAGACUACGUCACCACAUUAUAAGAUUGAUUAUUAGCUAGUUGGCCAGGGUAAAAGGAGUGGCUGAACAUACUUCUUUUGGAUACAAAGCUCUGGCUUUUUGAUCCGAAUAGCAAUUGCUUCAGCCGUCCGUAGGAUUCGCAGUCUGACGGAAUUAGGUAGACUGCUGUUGACACGAUAGACUAUUGCAAAAGAUUGCUCCAUGUUGGCUGUAUGUCCUGUUUGGACUAAAUGGUCUAAGAUGGAGCUGUUAACAGUUUUGACAACACCUUUGCUUAACCACACGGGUAGGUGCUCACGAGCCCGAAUGUACAAAUUCCUAGAACAUCUG